GCCAUCAUUUUGGGGGUGCGAUUAGCAGUGCCAGCUGAAGGGCGAAGAAGAAGACGAUCCCUGUAUAAUUCGAAAAACAGGUGAGAAAAUCGCCCCCAAAAGGCCCCUAAUGGAGAAUUAAAGGAUCAAUUAUCUCCCUUGAUUUUGAAAAUUAGGUCUUCUCUCUUCGAAGUUGUGGCUAAUUGGGAAUUAUAAAGCUGCGAAGCAAUCGUCGAGUGUGGAAUGGCAAUUAGGAAUAUUCUCGAAACUUCCAGGAAAUUUGGGGUAAAGCCGGACGAUGUUUUCAGGUACGUGAGCAAUUUCAAGGGUUUAGGGUUUACCGAGGGCACAAUUUCUAGGGUUUUAGAAACCUCACCUAGGUCAAUCAUAUUAAACGAGGCCGAAAUUCGAAACAAAGUCGAUUUGUUGACGAAAAUUGGAGUUCACAGAGGAGAAAUCGACAGAAUAUUCUGUUCAUUUCCCGGAAUUCUAGCAUUUGGGGUGCAAAACAGAUUGAAGCCCUUGCUCGACGAAUUUCGACAUUUGGGCUUUUCGCCGAAUGAGGUUAGAAGAGAGGUUGUCAGAGAACCGAAAGUUCUUGGGCUCGAAAACGGGGAGCUCUCACAUUGUGUAGAAAUGCUAAGGACUUUAAAAUGCAGGGCAGCGAUUAAAGAUCAAAUUUUUCGAAACGGGGAAUUUAGGGCAGGGUACGAAGCGAAGCUGAGAAUCGAUUGCUUGAGAAAACACGGGCUGAUAUAUAGAGACGCGUUCACGGUGUUGUGGAAGGAGCCAAGGGUGAUUAUUUACGAAGUGGGUGAUAUCGAGAAAAAGAUUGCGUUUUUGGUUAAUACGAUGAAGUUUGACGUUCGAUGCAUUGUUGAAGUUCCGGAGUAUUUAGGGGUGAAUUUCGAAAAACAGAUUGUUCCUCGGUUUAAUGUGAUUGAAUAUUUGAGGUCGAGCGACGGGCUUGGAGAUGAAGUAGGUUUGAGAAACUUGGUUAAGAUGAGUAGAUUGAGGUUUUAUAAUAUGUAUGUGAAGCCGUAUCCGGAAUGUGAGAGGAUGUACGGGAGGUUUUGUGGAGAUGUUGUAGUUGGGAACGGGAAUCGGAAUCGGAGUCAACAUCCCAUUGGAAUGUGGAAGCUCUUCAAACCGGAACCUUAUCCGGAAUCGGAUGACGAUGUUGGGAAUAUCAAGUUGUAUAUGGAAUCAUUGCAUCAAGAUAAUAUGGAACAUUGUCAAGGUGUAAAGAAAGUUGAGAAGAAGUGAAACAAUAUAUAUAUAUGAAAUUACUUUGCGACUUUCUUUUUGA